AUGUGUACCACGUGGAAGAAUUUCCGUGGAGGAAUUUCUUUCUCCGUGGAGAAACUUUUUUCUCUAGUUUGAAACAUUGUUACACUCUUAUUGAGGGAUUUUUAACUGACUUUAAUUAAGGAGACACGCCGAUUAAUAAAACAAUGUGCGAAUCCAAUCAAUCCGUGUUUAUUUCAGGACAGAAUUUUUCGUGGGAACAUCAAACUUCAGUUAGCUUUCGUGGAUUUCGCAUCUAAGGUUUUUUAUUAUAAUAUUUAUGUAUAUUAUAAUAUCCAGGUAUUUACAUAUAUUAUAUUUAUUUAUAUUUAUAAUUUUUUCCAAUAGAUUGUAACAGUUUCCAAUGGAAUAAACUGUGUCAGAGACAAGAAAUGCAUCUAUCCAUUUUAUGGCUUAAAGUAACUAAAGUGCUUAUAGUAACAUUUCAUUUUAUAAAUUUCUUAUUAACGAUAGUGAUCGAUGUAUAACUAUCGCUGAUUAACUGUGGAUUAACUGUGAACUAGGUGGAAAUGUUCAAUAGUGACUUAAAAAAUAAGUACUUGUGCAGUUGUUUUUUUUACGCGUCGGGUCGACUGUGCAAUGAUGCCACGUUAAAAAUUCCAAAUUGCUGAUGCUGAAAAUGAUGUUAUUUCAUUAAAGAGAAAAUCCAAUGGCUCGGAACAGAGAAUGCUUGAUUGUAAAAUCCACUUGAAGAAAAUACGAAUUAUUAUUAAUAAUUUUGGAUCAAGUAUUAGAUAAAUUACAUAAAACAAAUUUGAAAGGUAGAUCCCAAGCUUAGCAGCCAAACAAAUUUUUAUUAAUGAAUCUUUUUUUAUAAAAAAUAAUCGAGAAAUUUAUUAUUUGACUAUUUACUUACUUAUUUAAAGCAGUAAAUUAGGAAUAAUUUAUUGAAAUUAAUAAUGAUUUAAUUAAUGAUGCUUUCAUGGCAAGAAUUAUUUUGAAGUUUAGGAAAAAGUUGUUUGCAAAUUGUCAAAAAUAUAUAUUUUUCCUAUAAUAAUUUCGACAACGUGAAAUGUAAACUCGCGUUUCAAGUUUUUAGUAAGAGAGUUUCAGCUGCUAUGUACCGCUUCGCUGAUAUAAUGGUAAUAUAAAUAUAUGAUUCUUCGAAAUUUUAAAUAAUUUUUUUGAUAAUUUAAAGCACCAAAUCUGUUAGAUCUCAAUCCCAUGAAUGAUAUGAUAUUUCAAUGAUAUUUGACAAAAUUUAACUCUGCGAUCAUAUUUUUUGGAUUACAUGGUAGUCGUAUUGAUUGAAAUUAUUUUUGAGUAGCGUGAGCUCAAUUAUUACUUAAAAAACAUAAAUUUUAUUCAAAUGUCAAAGGGUAUUAAUUUGGUUAAAUAAUCGUCGUACACUUCUGCCGGGAAUGUCCCGGCAUACGACCGCAACGGUAAAAUAGCCUCGCCGGGAAUGUCCCGGAGUUCGACCGCAGAGUUUUAAUAGACAGUGCAAGCAACAGGAAAAAUUGAUACGGUUUCAGUUAAUGAUUUAAAAACACCUCCAUGUUUUUUAGGAUUAUGGCAAUCUGGAAUUAUGGCUUCCUUGCCGUAGUUGUAAUGUAACUCGUCAGAAAAUUUUUUCUCUGUUCUUCACAUGCACGUGGCCACGAAUUACAACCGAAAUCCCACGACAAAAGCGGUAUGACUUUCAGUUAGAAAAAGUAUGUUAUUAAAUUUAAAAAAUAGUGGAAAUUGUACAUACGAUAGUGACCGUACCGUUAAUGUCGGGAGAUAUGUAUUUCACAAAAAGAAUCAGCCACGUUGAAUAUUUCAAUACUUUGCAAUGAAGAUACAUUCGUUGUCAGUGCGUUAUACUGCUGCGUUGUGAAAUAAUAGAACUAAGAUGAAAGAAAGGCUCUUUGUUAAAAUUUGUUCACAUCUCAUGAUAUUGCUUUAGAAUAAUAUAGUUUUAUUAAUAUAGUAGAAUAAUAAUUCAUGAAAAUUUUACUUUAUCUAUAUUGUAUAUUGUCCUAUAAAAAAUAAAUUAAUAUACAUUUCAAGAAACAAGAAGUUUUGCUAAAAGUAGUUAAAAAGAAUUAA